AUGUCUGUAAUAGAUUCUUUGGACUGCUGGAACUGCCCAGAAGAUCAUUGGCCUAAUGAAAAACAUGAUGUCUGUAUCCCCAAAGUGAUCGAGUUCCUAACGUAUGAGGAACCCUUGGGUACAACUCUUGCUGUAAUUUCUCUGUUUAUGACUCUGCUGAAUGCUUCAGUGCUGGGAAUUUACAUUAAGCACAGAGACACACCAAUAGUGAAGGCCAACAACAGAGAACUCAGCUACCUUCUUCUUUUGGGACUCAUGCUGUGUUUUCUAUGCUCAUUAAUAUUUAUUGGUAAUCCAACUGCAUUAACAUGUCUGUUUCGUCAAACCAUAUUUGGCAUAAUUUUUUCCAUUAGUAUCUCUUUAGUUUUGGCAAAAACAGUAAUUGUGGCAAUUGCUUUCAAAGCAGCAAGACCUGAUAGUAAACUGCAAAGCCUGCUGGGACCAACAUUACCCAAGUUGGUAGUCUGUUUCAGUUCCACUGGCCAGUUUAUUAUAUGUGUCAUUUGGUCGUUAUACAGUCCCCCUUUCGUAGAGUACAAUACAAAAUAUGCAAAUGGGAAAAUAAUAGUUCAGUGCAAUGAGAACAACGUAGCAUUCUUCUGCUGCAUGCUGGGAUAUCUAGGGGGUUUAGCUAUUGUCUGUUUUGUGGUUGCAUUCAUGGUAAGAAAUUUACCUGACACAUUUAAUGAAGCUAAAUUCAUUACCUUUAGCAUGCUAGUAUUUGUCAGUGUGUGGCUGUCCUUUAUACCUGCAUACCUGAGCACACAGGGCAAAUACAUGGUUGCAGUGGAGGUAUUUGCUAUCUUAGCCUCAGGUGCUGGAUUACUCAGCUGUAUAUUUUUACCCAAAUGCUGGAUCAUUUUACUUCAGCCUCAUAAAAAUACAAGGAAACAUUUAAUGAACACUGUUCAGUAG